CUUUGCAGGAGACUUCUGCAGGCCUUUGCAGCCGGUAAUUGAGGGACUUUACAGACUUUAUCUCAGUGAUAGCUUUGCCGGCCCAAUCUUCCCGGGUGCUUCCUGAGGGAGAAGAGCGAGGUAGCUCAGGCCACCAAAAAAAAAACCAAAAAACAAAAAACGGUGGGAACUAGGUUGGCUGGUCGAGGGUCAGGACACUUAAGGAAGAUUGGAGACUUGCUUUAGAACCACAAAAAGAAAGGGUGAGCCAGCUUUGCAGCUAGCAUCAUGGCGUGGCCGUGCAUCACGCGGGCCUGCUGCAUCGCGCGCUUCUGGAACCAGCUGGACAAGGCGGACAUCGCAGUGCCGCUAGUUUUCACCAAGUACUCGGAGGCCACCGAACACCCCGGCGCCCCGCCACAGCCGCCACCGCCGCAACAGCAGCAAGCGCAGCCGGCGCAGCCGGCGCUCGCGCCCCCUUCGGUGCGAGCGGUCGCCAUAGAGACGCAGCCUGCCCAAGGCGAAUUGGAUGCAGUUGCCCGGGCAACAGGGCCGGCGCCUGGGCCCAGUGGCGAUCGCGAGGCGGCGGCCGCCUCUGGCCGGAGCGCACUGGGCCCGGGCCCGGGCCCGGGCUCUGGCUCCACCUCCGGCGCUGGCCCAGCGGACUCAGUGAUGCGUCAGGACUACCGCGCCUGGAAGGUGCAGCGCCCCGAGCCAAGUUGCCGACCGCGGAGCGAGUACCAACCUUCUGACACGCCCUUCGAGCGCGAGACUCAGUACCAGAAGGACUUUCGUGCCUGGCCAUUGCCGCGCCGCGGGGACCACCCGUGGAUCCCCAAACCCGUGCAGAUCCCCACGUCCUCCCAGGCUUCGGCGCCUAUUCUCGGGGCACCUAAGCGCCGGCCUCAGAGCCAGGAGCGGUGGCCGGCGCAGGCCUCCACUGAGGCCCCGGAGCAGGCGGCGGCCCCUGGCGGAGCGGGUGUCCUUGCAGCAGGAAAGGCGUCCGGUGCGGACGAACGCGACACACGCAGGAAGGCCGGGCCUGCCUGGAUGGUUCGUCGCUCCGAGGCGCUGGGGCACGAGCAGACGCCGCUGCCCGCAGCCCAGGCCCAGGCCCCGGCCGCGGGCCCCGAGGGUGGCAAGGGGCGUGCAGCGGCGGACGCCCUCAACAGGCAAAUCCGCGAGGAGGUGUCGAGUGCGGUGGGCAGCUCCUACAGGAAUGAAUUCAGAGCAUGGACAGACAUCAAGCCUGUGAAGCCUAUAAAAGCGAAGCCCCAGUACAAGCCUCCAGAUGAUAAGAUGGUUCAUGAGACCAGUUACAGUGCUCAGUUCAAAGGGGAAGCCAAUAAGCCAACACCAGCUGAUAAUAAGGUCACUGAGCGCAGAAGAAUACGCAGCCUCUAUAGCGAACCUUUCAAGGAACUCCCAAAGGUGGAGAAACCUAGUAUUCAGAGUUCCAAACCAAAAAAGACCUCAGCGAGCCACAAGCCCCCGAGGAAGGUCAAAGACAAACAGACGGUGUCGGGCCGGGCCUCUAAGAAAAAGAGCGCAGAGGGCCCCAGUGCUGCCCGAUCCGAGGACAAGGAGCAGAGUAAAGAGAUGAACAAUAAACUGGCUGAGGCGAAAGAGAGCCAGGUUGAACCCACCAGUGAUUCACGUAAGAAUCAAGGUCCUGUAGCCACAGAGCCAGACAAGGAUCAAGGUCCCGUUGGCCCCAGGCCUCUGAAAGAUCAAGGUCCUGUGAUCCAAGAACCUCUGAAGGAUCAAGGCCCCAUGGUUCCAGGGCCUCUGAAGGAUCUAGGUCCCACAGUCCCCUCAUCAGUUAAGGAUCAAGAUCAUGUGAUCCCUAAACUUUUAAAGAAUGAAGAUUCUGUGGUCUCAGAACCAGUCAAGGACCAAGAUUCCUUGUUCCCAUUGCCUCUAAAGAGCCAAAGUCCUGUGGUUCCAGCAAGAGUUAAGGAUCAAGGUUCCAUGGUACCAGAGCUUCUGAAGGAUCAAAGUCCUGUGGUCCCAGCACCUGUCAAGGAUCAAGGUCCGAUGGUCCCAGAGCAUCUGAAGGAUCAAAGUGCCAUUGAAAUAGCACCUAUAAAGAAGGAAGGUCCUCUGCUGUCUGAGCCUGUAAAGAAUCAAGGUUUAGUGGUCCCAGAGCCAGUCAAGGAUCAAGGCAGAGUGGUCUCAGAGCUUCCAAAGGAUCAUGAUUCUGUGGUUGCCGUGGCUGUAAAGAAUCAAGGUCCUACAGUCCUAGCGCAAGUCAAGGAUCAAGGACCCACAGUCCCUGAGCUUCUAAAGACUCAAGGUCCUGUGGUCUCUGCUCAAGUAAAGGAUCAAGGCCCCAUGGUCCCUGAGCCUCUAAAGACUCAAGGUCCUAUGGUCCCUGCACAAGUCAAGGAUCAAGGUCCCAUGGUCCCCGAGCCUCCAAAGACUCAAGGUCCUGUGGUCCCUCAGCCUGUGAAGAAUCUAGUUCCUAUGGUUCCCGUACCUCUGAAAGAUCAAGAUCCUCUGGUGCCACCACCAGCAAAGGACCAAAGUCCUAUGGUCCCUGAACAUCUGAAGACUCCAGGUCCCAGGGCCCCUCAGCUGCCCACUGUCUCACCUCCACCCCCGGUCAUGAUCCCAACUGUCCCCCAUGCAGAAUAUAUUGAGAGUUCCCCCUGACACUCACCCCUCAACACACCAAGGAAGGAGCUAGUAGUGAAAGUGCUCCCUUCCCAGGGCAGCAAAGACUCACAUUUAAUCUGCAUGAAACAUGUACUGUAUAGUCUUGCUGGAAUCUAAUAAAACUGAUCCCUCUGGCUCAGCAGUGUCUCUGGCUCCAUUCGAGAGAGUGUGUCUGUGUGUGUAUGUGUGCACGUGCGCCAUGCACAUUUGAAAGUGGGCAUGCAGGACUCUGCAUCACCUAACUGGGCCAGAGAAGUCUGAGAAAUCUCAGCUUAGAUUAGAUUAAGUGCUAAGAGAUGAAGGACAGGACACACCUAUGUUUCUCCCUGACUCUCACAUUCCUACACUUCACUUCUGACACAAGUGUGUGUGAGUUUCAUAUACUUCAAGCAAUUAUCCGACAUCGGCUGGGUGCCCCACAAUUUAACUCAAUUCUGACACUAUCUACCUGGAGAUAGCGUCAGCUCCUGCAGGUUAAGGGAGUCCCAUAAGACUGCCCCCAUCCCUCUCACUUCAGAUACCAACUGCAAGUCCCAGGUCUUCUGUCCCUUGUACAUCUGACUGGCUAUAAGUCAGCAUACCCACAAUCUCCUACUUGGGCUCAAUUUGCUAGAAUGGCUCAGACCUCAGAAACAUGUUUACUAGUUUAUCAUAAAAGGAUAAAGAAUACGGAUGAACAUCCAGAUGGAAGAGAUGCAUAGGGCCUCACAAUGAGCUCCUCGGGGGGGCAGGGGAAGGGGUAUCACUGAAGCCUCACAAUGGGGAGAACUCCAGAUUGAGCUCCCCAGGGAUAGAAUGGAAAUACAACUGGGCCCAUCUCAAAGCUCUGGAGACUUUUAAGAGGUAGGAAGAGAAGUGCACAAAAGAAGCUGAGAAGGGCUGACCCUAAACUGUAAGGAGAAACCAAGGGCCUAUGGUACCAGAAGUGAUUUAAUGAUAGUGAUGCCCAGUGAUAAAAGCUGAGAGUGCAGAUGAGGACCAGGUGGCUGUCGAACAAGGCAGCUUUCACUUGGGAAGAGGGUAGAUCUGGGCUCCAGCCCAACAGCAGCCACAUCAAUUUUCUCAUUUGUCAAAGGGUCCUGAUGAUUAGAGGAGAUCCUGAGGCAGAUCUAGCUCAGGGUGCAGCUGCAGGUAGCCACUCCAUCGCAUCAUGUCCUGUUCUACGCUGCAUAUAAAGAAGGCCCAGUGAGGGAGGUGAUGGCCAAGGCCUCUGGUCCUGGGCUUAGGCUGCGAAAGUCCGAAAUGAACUAGACUCUCUUCGUUCUCCCCAGAUGCAGACUUCAUUCAGGGCCUGGUUCUUCCUUGGUGCAGCCAUUUCCCAGCUCCUCCCCAGCAUCCGUCAUCUCCAUACCUCCCUUCUCCCCGUUCCUCCCUUUGGAGGUCUGGGGAACCCAGAUAAAGAAGGACCUUGGCCGGCCGCUGCCAGCGACUCCGCUUGUAUAGACUCGCCCACCUGGGGGAGAGGUGAAGAGGCCGAGAUGGGGUGACAGGGCAGGUGGGAGUCUCUGAAAGAGGAGGUCCCCACUGCUGGCCCAUGACCAAAACCAGGUGGGUCAGCAUUGGAGCCCCGACCUAAGACUUAGAUCCCGAAGAUGCCCAGACUCCGCUGGAGAGCCCCCGAACCUGGCUCUCGACUCCAACCCUUCCUGCCCACACCCCAGCUCGAGAGCUCACUCCCUGCUCGGCCGCCUCGCAGUUUCCCAGGGCCCGGGCCCGGGGUUUCUCUGCGGGUGCAGCCUGCAAUAGUCUUGCAAGGUCUUGCGACGCGGGGUUGGGCCAUGGGAGCGGGGGUCGGGGAGGACGUGCUGGGGCCCGGGUGAGCAAAAGAAGCCUAAGCGACAGCAAGCGCAGACCACGCGCCCCACUCAGCCGCCCUAGGAGGGGCUGGCGCCACCUGGAGGCCGGCCUGGGAGACCCGGGAGGAGCGGGCCGAGGCCUCGUGGGAGCGCCUGGUGGUUGAUCUGGGGAAAGGCUGCGAUUUUACCCCUUUUCUCACAUAGUGAUUCUCUCCCUUAAUGCUAACCUGGAGGUGUCAUGGCCGGGCCCACUAACAUCCAGAUCCUGACCUAUCCAUCUCCACCACCUGCAUUGCCACCCUCCACACCCAGCACCUCCACCCCUCACUGCACAAUGGAAGCAGACCUCUCACCACCCCAUUUGUCUCUGCACAUCUCUGAGCUGCACCUGUAUGAUUAGGAUGACUUCCCACCUAAUUGGACUAUUGUAGGGAUUAAGUGGGACGACAUAUAGACGAUAAACAGAUUAUGCACUUUUACUAUUAGAAUCUGGCCAGUUUUCCUCUUGCCCUUCCUGUGUGAUGUAGACGGAGAACAAUCAUCUAACUGAAUAGGAGCAAUUCCCAGGGCCUCAGGCAGAUCACUUAAUCUCUCAGCCUCAGUUAUCUCACCUGUAAAAUGGGGAAAUCUCUACCUCACCAAGCUGUUAGGAGGCUGGGAUAAAAUUUUAUAUAUAUUUAUACAUAUAUGUGAUUAUAUAUAAAUAUUUAUAUAUAUUUAUAUCUAUAAAAUCAAAUGACUUGACACGGUGUUUAGCACAGAGCAGAAGCAAAACACAAAGGUAGUACCAGCUGUAUCAUUAAAAUCAUUCUGAUCAAGAAAUACCUACUCACCCUUCAAGGCAAUGCAUGUUACCUCUUCUAGAGAGCCUUUCUUGUCCUCCCCAUGGCAGCCAUAGCGUCCACCACUAGACUCCCACAACCCUAGUAUCUUUCUAGCAGCCUUUUCCCUUACUUAGCAAAUGUGUUUAGUGCCUUAUAUGUGCAUGAUGCUGAAUCUGAGUGCAGGACAUACAGUGACGAACAAGACAUAGUCCCCACUCUCAUAGUGGGGACAAACAGUGAAUGUAUCGAAGUGGAUAAUUUCAAGCACUAAGGAGUCAGUAAAAUAAGAUAACAUAGAAACUGAGGUGGAGGAAAAGCUGCUUAUAUUGGGUGGUCAAGUAAGGCCUCAUUGAGCAGAUGACAUUCAAGCUGAGUUCUGGAUGACAAAAAAAGGAGCCCUGCAAAUAACUAGAAGAACCACUUGCCAGGCAGAAAGAACAGCUAAUGCAAAGGCCUUGAAGCAAGGGAAUACAUGUCUGAGAGCAAAAUAAUCCAGGGGACUGGAAUACAGUGAGUACUGAGCACACCUGUCACUGGCCCUAAGUCUCUACCUCUAGAUAAAACCCCCUUGAAGGUAGAGACCUAAUUUAUUGAGUCCACAGUACCAGGCAGACCUGGAGCUCUGAACAGUUAAAUUUCUGUUGCAGUAAUAAUGGGAGUGAAUCAGCUGGCCUUUCUGCAGCCCCAUUCACAUCUUAGAGCAGUGGUCCCCAACCUUUUUGGCACCAGGGACCAGUGAUCCUAUGAGAAUCUAAUGCCUGAUGAUCUGAGGUAUAGCUGAGGCUGCGGAGCAGCUGCAAAUGCAGAUGAAACUUCUUGCUUGCCUGCUCACCUCCUGCCAUGCAGCCUGGUUUCUAACAGGCCAUGGGCCAGUACUGGUCUGCAGCCUAAAGGUUGAGGACCCAUGUCUUAGAGGACUCCAUCUGGGUUGCCCAGACAGGCAGGGGCUCCCUCCCUAGACCAAGAACCCCUGGGCAGAGUUGUUGAGACAAAGAACCAAAGAGGUGCCCACAGAGAACUGACCUGCCCAAGGUCACACAGCCAGCAAACAGCAGAGAUGGGGCUCGUAUCCAGUUUCCUCUGCUCCUCUGCCUCCCUGGCCAUGGGUCUUCUGUCCUGUGCAUCCCACUUGCCCUCUCCCUCCCAGAACUGUGGCAUCAGGAACCCCAAGGACCACGAGAGGAAACCAAAGUGAUUGAGAUUGUGUCAGGUACUUCCUCCCCUCCUGUUACAAAUGCAAACACAGAACGAGGAUUCCACAAACUCCUUCCUUCAAAGGCCCUGCCCAGUCAGGCAGCCUGAGCUUGUACCCUCUGGCCCUACAUGUGAAUGAGGUCAGUUUGAAGUAAAAGUUUAAGAGGCCAAAGCCUGGAGCCCUGUACAGCAGGACAGGGACACCCUGGGCUCCAGGUCCAGCGCCAUCACUGUAACCCUGCAAGCCAUCUUUCCAGGACAGUCAGAGCUGAAAAACAAUCUCCUGAGUCAGGAAAGAGCAGGCCUACUGCUCAGCAUC